AUGAAAAGAAGAGAAUCAAUUGCAUUUUUCGAUUCUGGGUUCUAAAACUCGAUACUUAAGAAAACUGAAAGAAAAAAAUCGAAUACGAAUUCUAAACUACACGAAUUGAAGGGAGAGUAGUUUUCCUAAAGCCCAUUACAAGCUACAUUAAAUACAAUACCAGUUGACUAAUUUGAAUUAUAGUAUUUGGCAAGGAGUAAUAAGUAAUCUAAAUAAAAUUCAUCUGGGGUUUCAUUUUUUAAUUUAACAACGCAAACCUAACUUAUAUAAACAACAGCUCAAGUAUUUCACGAAAAAUAUGAAAUAAUCAAGAUUUUAAAAGAAAACAAAUAAUGUCAAAUUGUAUAAUGCAGAAAUAUAUUCAAUAAAGAAUAUGUGGUGGCUAAAAUAUGCUUAUAGUCUCAGAAUGUAAAAAUAUUUUAGGUAUUUUAGUCGGAAAUCAAUAGUGAAAUUAAAGUGAACAAAACCUUAAAAAAAUAUCCACAUACAAAAUUAAUGAAAUUGUUGGAAAUAAUUACUGAGAAGGAUACUUCAAUAUUUAUAUAUGAGUAUAUGGCUGGAGGUACUCUAUAUGAAUUCAUGCAACAAAAGCAUCUCAAAUUAGACGAUUCAGAAAUUAAAACGAUAUUCAAACAACUGUUAAAGGCUCUAAAGCAUUUACACUCACUUAAUAUUUUGCAUAGAGACAUCAAAUUAGAUAAUAUUAUGUUUAAAACCAAAGGAGACAUAAAAUCAUUAAAACUAAUAGACUUUGGCUUUGCAACAUUUAUCUCAGACAAUAAGAAUAUGGAAUUCAGGUGCGGUACUCCUGGCUAUGUAGCUCCAGAAAUAUAUUAAUAAUCAGUUCCUUAUAAUGAAUUAUGUGACAUUUAUAGUUUAGGGGCUGUCAUACACAUCUUGGCUACCGGAAAACGCAUUUAUUCAUCAAAAUUGGCCCCCAAAGAAAUUUGUGAACUUAAUAAAAAAAAUCAAUACGUCAUAAGUGAUAAUCUGAAAUGUCCUUUGUUGUAUGAUAUUAUAAUUCAAAUGCUGAAAGAUGCAGGCCAAAGACCUUCCGUUGAAAAAUGUUUGAUCCACCCCUAUUUUACUAAAUUAUCUGAAAUGAAGAAUUCUCAUCAUGACAGCAUUAAUUAAUAGUAAUAAUACAUUAUAUUUCUUAAGAAUAUAUGA